CGUCGACCUGCACUCUCGCCAUAUUUCCAGCCGUGAACGUCCAGCUGCCCGGUGAAGCCCCGAGUUCAACCGGACAAACCUCCCCGCAGCACCGCAGAAAGUGUUAUCGGUGUGUCCGAGCCUGAAAACGGGACAUCUGCAUUAUCUUCCCCGCCGUGUCUGCCUCCUCCCUCCGCAGCCAUGAACAUCUUCAGACUGACAGGAGACCUCUCUCAUCUGGCUGCUAUCAUCAUCCUGCUGCUCAAAAUAUGGAAAAGCAGGUCGUGUGCAGGUAUUUCUGGGAAGAGCCAAAUUCUGUUUGCUCUGGUGUUCACCACUCGCUACCUGGACCUGCUCACCUCCUUCAUCUCGCUGUACAACACGUCCAUGAAGGUGAUCUACAUCGGCUGCUCGUACGCCACCGUCUACCUGAUCUACAUGAAGUUCAGGGCCACCUACGACGGAAACCACGACAGCUUCAGAGUGGAGUUCCUGGUUGUUCCCGUCGGAGGUCUGGCUGUUCUCAUCAACCACGACUUCUCUCUGCUGGAGAUCCUGUGGACGUUCUCCAUCUACCUGGAGUCGGUGGCCAUUCUGCCCCAGCUCUUUAUGAUCAGUAAGACGGGCGAGGCCGAGACCAUCACCACCCACUACCUGUUCUGCCUGGGCCUGUACCGGGCCCUCUAUCUCUUCAACUGGAUCUGGCGUUUCUACUUCGAGGGCUUCUUUGACAUGAUCGCCAUCGUGGCCGGCGUGGUCCAGACUGUGCUCUACUGCGACUUCUUCUACCUUUACGUCACCAAAGUGUUGAAAGGCAAGAAGCUGAGCCUGCCGGCGUAGAACCGUCAGGAGGCAACUCCCAGCAGACUCAGGGGGUUUGGAGAUGACUUGGUGGAAUCUCGUUACCUAUAGCAACGGAUGGAUGCCGGAGACAGAGAGCCAACUAUCGGGGAAAAACACUAGUCUUCAUGAUGAUGGAACUGGUAAAUGCCAACAAACACCAGAGCUGAACAAAGAUCGUCCCAGAUCAACCUUUGGAUUUCUGUGUUCAGCAUCUUGCCUUAAGCUUUUUUUCAUCGCUGUUCAAAUGGGAGAAAAGGCUUUUUUUCCCUCUUUUUUUCUUUUCUUUUUUUACAUGUGAGGUGUAUACGCUUAUAUUUUUUUUUUCAUUUUUUUUAUAUAUAAUGUCACAAAUAGCAUCGAUAAUGAGACCUACCUGUUUGACUUGGUAAUGAAAUGCACAAAAUGUACAGUCUUAUUAAAGAGUAAUGUAUCCGAGUGCCUGAUGAAGAUUAUGUCAGUUUCUCACCGUAUUUGUUUUUUCAUCUUUUUACUUCUGAGUAUUUUUGUUUCUGUAUGCAUAUAUUGUAACACAUGUACCCUCUCUUAGAAAGUUUUGAAGAGGCCAAACGCAGAGUUUCACACCAACACGCUCCUCAUUUUGUGAGAAUGUUGCUUUGUAGAAAACAAAAGCCAACCUUUUAACAAAGUUAGCCUGAAAAUCCUGAUGCUUUUGUAAGAAGAGGAUUUGUAGUAUGAUCUUAAAUUUAAUGCCAGCAAUCAUUUUGUCGCAGAAUCUCAAGUGGUGGCCAUCUUAUUUGGGAUCCAUUUUAGGACGUGUUUACUAAGCUUUCUUUUUCCUUUUUGACAUUGUAUUUUAAGGAAAUGCAUCUACGGCUUUAAUACAGAUUUAAAAUAGUGUCGCGUCACAUUUUGGAUGUAGAUAGAGCACAAAAAAUGUUUUUGCACCUCAGUAACAAACUCACAAACACCUUCCAGCAGCGGCUAGUCGGUGACAUCAAGGCUGAAAUGAUUGAAAUGAGGAAAAAGCAAUAAUGAAUGAGUGAAAAACCACAUUUCUGGAUAAGAAGUGUUUGUAUAUUUGACCUCCAGCACGCUAACUAACGGUUCAACACAUUUAAUACUGAGUGGCGGUGUUCACUGGGUGCGUUUCUGUUCGGUUAAAAGCCUCUUGUCAACUCAAAGUAGACCUUCCUAAAGUAUUAUUUCAAAUUUUUAUGUUUUUUGUUUUUUUUUUGCAUGAUAUCACCUCCAUUAAAGAUUUUAUGAGAAUCA